GCUACUAAGUAUUGCUACGAUUUCAACCUGGCGAUCAUCCGCCAGCGCGCUCGACGGGAGGGGAUUGUGCUUCGGCUCGUGGACCUCCCGUUCGGGCCCGUGAGCGACGAGGAGAUCCUGGCUGCUUUUCGAAAAGUGAUGAGCAGCAAGACGAAAGCGGUAUCCCUCCCUCAUGUAGACGGCAGGACAGGCUUGGUAUUUCCGGUGAAGGCCAUCAGCGAUCUCGCGCGACAGCACGGAGCAUUCACCCUCUUGGACGGCGCACACUCCGCUGGCCAAAUCGACUUCCGCCUCGACAGCCUAGGCUGCGACGCCUACGCUACCUGCCUCCACAAAUGGAUGCACGGCCCCCGCGGCACCGGUUUCUUAUACAUCCGCAGAGACAAGAUCUCCCAAAUCUGGCCCCUGUUCGCGACCUGGUCAGACAAGCCGGACGAUUCGAUUGAGAAGUUCGAAGAGGUGGGCACGGUGUUCAAAGCCCUGCCCGCCGCCAUCCCGGACAUGAUCGCCUUCAAUCGAGACGUUGGGCAGGCGGAGAAGAACGCGCGGUAUCGCUAUCUUCGCCAUCGCUGGGCAUCACGACUCGCUGAGCACAAAUCGGUCGUCAUGCUUACGGACAUUGCUGCAGAGCCGGGCACCUGCUUUGGUGCCUUUACCGUCAAGCAUAUGGACUGCGAGACGUUUGCGCGAGUGCUGUUGCAGGGGUACGAUAUUAGUGUCAAGGCUUUCGCGAUGGAGGAAGAUGCUUCGAUGAAGGGGAUCCAUAUCUCCACCGGGCUUGCGAAUACGGUUCAGGAGAUUGAUAGGUUUGUCGAUGCUGCGCUUGAGAUACUCGAGCGCGAAGGCAGAUAGAAUGAUUCACUCUAACAGUCAACGUCGACUUCCUUUCGGUCGUGGUGAUAUCCUGACCGCUCGUUAGGAAACCUGACCGCUCGUAUUUUAGCCUGACCGCGCAUUGGCAAAUCUGACCGGUCGUCGAGGAUGGGCCUGGCCGGUGAUUGGCAGAUUCCGCAAACCUGACCGCUCGUAUCUAAACCUGACCUCUUGUAUUUGAACCUGACCGCACGUAUUUAUACCUGACCGCUCGUGGUUGUUAACUCUUCCCCUGUUAUCUAUCGGUGUGUUUGAGUACCAGUCGGCAGCAUGCACACCCGGGAGUAACGCGCGAGAUGCGCAAGCACUCUGAUGAUCCGUUCUCGAACAAUUGCCA